CCUCUCUGCUAUUUUUCCACCUCCACCACCACCAGAAGCCGCAGAGAAGCCGAACCCCAACACCUCUCUCCGACGUCCGAUCGAUCAAAUUUGAGUUUGAAUCACUUUUUCCUUCUGGCAAUGCCGGCGAGGAAAGGGAACACGAUGCUGUUAUUCCGGCUAGGAAUCGUCCUAUCCUUGUUCUUAUCAUGUUUCCUGUCGCCUUCCCAAUCGGCAGUAUGCAGCAUAGAUCUAGGUUCCGAAUCCCUAAAAGUUGCCGUCGUUAACCUCAAACCAGGUCAAGCUCCAAUUUCGAUCGCGAUUAACGAGAUGUCCAAACGGAAGACUCCUUCGCUCGUCGCAUUUCACUCCGGCACCCGAUUAAUCGGCGAAGAAGCUUCCAAUCUCCUCGCUCGAUACCCUAACAAAGUCUACUCCCACCUCCGGGACCUCGUCGCCAAGCCGUACGGCGUAGCGAAGAAGCUUUUGGAGUCAUCGUACUUAAAUUACCGAAUUGUCCCCGAAAGUUCCAGGGGCGUGGCGUUUAUUGACACUGGUGAGGAGGAGGAUGGGAAGUACACGGCGGAGGAGUUGGUGGCGAUGUUGUUGAAGUACGCCGUGGGGUUGGCGGAAACGCAUGUUAAGGGUAAAGUCAAGGACUGCGUGUUGACUGUGCCGCCUUACAUGGGGGUGCCGGAGAGGAAUGGGCUGCUGGCGGCGGCUGAGCUGGCUGGGAUCAACGUGCUGGCUCUGGUGAAUGAGCAUUCCGGGGCGGCGUUGCAGUACGGGAUUGAUAAAGAUUUUUCCAACGGAUCGAGGCAUGUGAUUUUCUAUGAUAUGGGUGCUAGCAGUACUUAUGCUGCCCUGGUGUAUUUUUCGGCAUAUAAUGCUAAAGAGUUUGGGAAGACGGUGUCAAUUAACCAAUUUCAGGUGAACGAUGUUAGAUGGGAUGCGGAACUUGGAGGUCAAAGUAUGGAAUUAAGAUUGGUGGAGUACUUUGCAGAUGAGUUCAAUAAACAGCUUGGAACUGGGUUCGAUAUCAGGACAGCUCCUAAGGCAAUGGCUAAAUUGAAAAAGCAGGUUAAGCGCACCAAAGAAAUUCUUAGUGCGAAUACGGUGGCCCCAAUAUCAGUUGAAUCUCUCUAUGAUGAUCGUGAUUUUAGGAGCUCAAUAAGUCGUGAGAAAUUUGAAGAGCUUUGUGCUGAUAUUUGGGAGAAAGCUCUUACCCCAUUGAAAGAAGUUCUUGAGCAUUCUGGUUUAAAAACUGAAGAGAUACAUGGGGUGGAGUUGAUUGGAGGUGCUACUCGGGUGCCAAAAUUGCAGGCUAAGCUCCAGGAAUACCUGGGUAGGAAAGAACUGCACAAACAUUUGGAUGCUGAUGAAGCUAUUGUUCUUGGUGCCUCACUACAUGCUGCAAAUUUGAGUGAUGGAAUCAAAUUGAAUCGUAAGCUAGGGAUGAUUGAUGGAUCUUCAUAUGGAUUUGUUCUUGAUUUAGAUGGCCCUGAUCUUUUGAGUGAUGAAAGCACUAGACAGUUAAUUGUGCCCCGCAUGAAGAAGCUUCCUAGUAAAAUGUUCAGGUCUAUUAUCCACAACAAAGAUUUUGAUGCUUCACUUGCAUAUGAGAGUGAAGGUUUGGUGCCUCCUGGUGCUGCUUCUCUCAUGUUUGCUCAGUAUGCUGUGUCAGGUCUUACUGAUGCCAGUGAAAAGUACGCAUCACGGAAUCUUUCCUCCCCAAUUAAGGCAAAUCUACAUUUCUAUCUUAGUAGAAGUGGAACAUUUAGCUUGGAGCGAGCAGAUGCUGUUGUUGAAAUAACUGAAUGGGUGGAAGUUCCUAGAAAGAAUCUUACAGUGGAAAACACAACGUCAGCUAUUGGUAACAUAUCUGUUGAAGCUGAUUCUAAGAAUGCUUCAGAAGAAAGCAAUGACAAAUUGCAGGGGGAUGAUGGAAUCACUGGCACAUCCAAUGCAACCAUAUCGGACAAUAAUACAACAGAUCUUGGUACAGAAAAGAAACUAAAGAAGAGGACCUUCCGAGUUCCGCUAAAGAUAGUUGAGAAAACAACAGGGCCAGCAUUGUCUCUUUCGAAAGAGUCAUUUGCGGAUGCUCAACAUAAACUGGAAAUACUGGACAAAAAGGAUGAAGAAAGGAAAAGAACUGCAGAGUUGAAAAACAAUUUGGAAGGCUACAUAUAUAACACCAAGGAAAAGCUUGAAUCCGAGGAAUUUGAAAAAAUUUCUUCUAGCCAAGAACGCCAAUCCUUUUCUGAAAAACUUGAAGAGGUGCAAGAAUGGUUGUAUACUGAUGGUGAAGAUGCUAAGGCCGCUGAAUUCCAAGAACGUUUGGAUAUGCUUAAAGCUAUUGGAGGACCUAUAUUCUUUAGAUAUGAUGAGCUCACUGCACGACCUGCUGCAUUGGAAUAUGCUCGAAAGUACCUCACUGAGCUGCAACAGAUUAUCCUCAAAUGGGAAACAGAAAAAACGUGGCUUCCAAGAGAAAGAAUAGAUGAGGUUCGGAGCAUGGCUGAGAAGGUGAAAAAUUGGUUCAAUGACAAGGAGGCUGAGCAGAAGAAGACAUCUUUAUUUAGCAAGCCAAUAUUCACAUCUGAAGAAGUAUAUGGGAAAAUAUUUGAUCUUCAAGACAAGGUUACUAGUGUCAAUAGAAUUCCCAAGCCAAAGCCAAAAGUUGAGAAGCCAGUGAAAAAUGAGACAGAGAGCACGGGCGAAAAUUCAAAUUCAACAAAUUCAUCUUCUGAGGAGACCUCACAAAAUGGCCAAACUGCAGGAGCUUCAGAGAAUUCAACUGAUGAAACGGAAGCUACUGGAUCUGAGGCUCGCGAUGAAUUGUAAUUAUAGUGUAACAAAAUAUGGAGUUUGAACAUGAGCAGGCUGCCGGAACAGGACAUCGUGGAUAGGCCGGAUAGAAUAGCACAGGCUGUAGUAGCGGUUUUACUAUACAGUAAUAUAGAGAGCUAAGCCCAUUUUUGUGAUGGUUUUCUUUUUGUGCCAUCCUCAGGGAGGUGUUUCUCCCAUUAUGAUAGGUUCAGAAGUACUUGCUCAUUAUUUCCCUUUGUGUUUUUUUGUCAAUUAGUUGUAAUACUUAACCCACGUAAAGAGCUGUGUGGGCUGCCUUCCGAGCCAUUGGCUGCAAAAGGAAUUUUGUUUGCUCUAAUUUUUCAUUUACUGAUUCUUCGCUACUGAUAUUCAUUUGGAGGUGCACGUUAA